UCAUAAACCCUCAGAAAAUGGGUCUAAACCCUAAAACUGUAAAGAAACGCCAUGAAGCGAGCUUUAUGGGGAGCUGUCUUCCACGUCUAUUCUGGCACGCUUUCCGUUUCUCCUCCGCUACGAACAUUUCGUUCCCGCCCCUUACUGUCUCCAUUUUCCGUUUCCACUUUGCGACGUUACUCAUCCGGGAAUGACAAGUACAAUGAACUGAACUCAACCAAAAACAAGGACUCUCUCGUCGACGAUGAUGUCAGCACCGAAGAGCUGAAGAGGAAAAUUGAUAAAUUUUACGAGGGUGGUGAUGCCGAUUCGUUACCAGCAAUUUUCGAAGCAAUAUUGAAAAGGAAGCUAUCGGGUAAACACGAAGAUGCUGAUGAUGAGCUGAUGAAAGAAAUUCGACAGCAAUUGCCCGGAGAAGUUGAAGAUUUUAAAGGUGAAGAAGAAUAUGAUUCAGAUUUAAUGGACGAUGAUUCCAGUGAUGCCAGUGAUGAUUCUGAGGAAGAAGAUAGAAGAAUAUAAGAUAAUGCGAAGCUUAUAGUUUAUGAUGAUGUUAGAUUAUUUUACGUUUUAAGUGAAUUCUAUCCCCCAACUUUUACUUACUUCAAUUCAAUUGGAUGGAGUGGGCUUUAGGAUUAUUAUUUCAAAUCUUUUGUCAUAUAAAUGUACAAUUAUUCACUUGGGUUUAGCACAA